CCCUCUCUCAGUUCCCUCAAUUUCCAGUCUCACAUCAGAUGUGAUUAAGUCAUGUUUACGUCCCACAGGUUCUGUGAGCCAUGAUGUCUGUAAAGUGCUGGAAUGUCACAAAGAUGGCACCGUCACCCAGACUUAUUCCUGAGUGGAAGGACUUGAAACUCUUCAUAAAUAAUAUGCUGAAGGAUCUAAAGUCUGCUGAGAAACCAAAGAAUGAGGUGAUUGUACUGAGUGACUGGCCUGAGACUCUGUACCAGGAGCCUCACCAUCCCCAGAGCAAGCCUUUCAUCUGCUUCUACUCCAUCAACAUCAACUAUUUCGUCUCCUUAAACUGGGUGGAACCAGAUUCAAACCAAAUACAGGCAGUACUUUGGAUACAUAAGAAAGAUACAGAAGCAGAAGGAACAAUGGAGAAGAUGAUGUUUUGUGUGAUGGAUCAAGUACCGCCCAUUGAAGCAAUGGUCCACACAGGUUCCUACCACAUGUUAGUUGCUUACUGUGGUGACAUGCACCUGUGGCUCUUUGGAGAUCACCAUCGAGCAUUCAUAUCUCUGGGCACAGUGCCCUGUCGUUUCUUCAUCAGCUGCCUCUGCUAUGACCCAGAAACGGAGGUGCUGCUGUCUGGUACCUUGGGGGCUGUGGUUACCUGGCUUAUCUUACCAAAUGGCAGGGACCUCCAGAUGGCACAAACAGUGCCCAUGUCUGGUCAUGAGCUUGUACAGGGCUUUUCCCUGAAUGGCCCCAAGGGGUCUCUCCUGGCCCUUUGUGAGAAUAAGGUAAGGGUCUUCACCCACCAGGGUCAGGGCCAGCUGAAAGAGGUAAGAAAGUUCACUCCCAUAGGCAGUGGCUCUUCCAUCACCUGCUCCUUCACUUGUGUCUCUCAGGGAUAUUUCUAUGCUGGAAACAAGGAUGGAGAGAUCCAUGCUUGGGGUCUAGACCAGGGUAACUUCCUCCACAGCUUCCAGGCCCAUUCCUCAUCAGUUAUAUGCGUUCACAGCCGGCCAGAGAUCCACAACUUACUGACAGCAGGCCGAGAAGGCACAGUAAGGGAAUGGAACCUUGCUGUUGGGAACUUGCUGCGGCAGCUGGAUAUUGGUGAGGGUCUGCGGCAACUGCAGUUUAUUGAUAACACCACUUUUUUCUGCCAGACUACCCACGCUUUCUCACUGCACCACCUGCGCCCCAUCCACCUGCCUUAUUUUUAUAGCCUCUUCAAUGUCUGUGGUUCUGCUCCUGAGCAGGUGCACCGGGUCUGCUGUGGCCGAAAUUGGACUCGGAUCCUGUGUGCCACUAAGGAUGGUUUGUUGCGCUUCCUGUCUCCAGUGACAGGAGAUCUCCUGGUUCUCACCUGGCCUCUGCUUGUCAUGGAUAAGGCUGUGGCUUGGGCCUAUGACCCAGACAAUGAGGAGCUCUUUGUGGCAACAGGCAGUUCAGAGGUGCUGGUGUUUGAUGCAAUGCGCUCGCCUUGCACAGCCAAGUAUAUGGUAUGCACUUCAGUAAACUCUAGGGACAGAGUAAGUUGCCUGGCCUAUGCACAGUCCCAUUUGGGUAUGGGCCUAGUAGGACUGAUGUUCUGUGGGCAUGACAGUGGCAUUGUGAGAAUCCUCUCCCACUACAGCUAUGCCCGAAUAGAAAAGACUGUUCAUUCUGGGGCAGUUUUGGCCCUGUCUACCCUGGAAGGUCCCCAGGAAAACUCCUUGCUCUGUUCCUAUGGCAUGGAUAAUACUGUAUACCUGACAGAAGCUUUGCUGUGGAAGAACAAGGUAAUCCUGCAGUCCAUAAGCAAAAUUCUCUGUAGUUGCCCCCUGCAACACGUGAUACUGCUGCCGGGUUCUGUGGGUGCCAUCACUGACAACCACUGCUGGCGUCUCUGGCACUAUCAAGAUUUUCUGCAAUCUGCAGAAUCAAAACAAAGCUCUAUGUUUGAAGAGACAAAAUGCCUGCACCGGUGUGCCAUCACUUCAUUUGAUGUCUGCUCCUCCCUGAAACUUUUUGUCACAGGGGGCAUUGACGGCUCAGUCCGGAUCUGGGACUUCCAUGGUAGACUCAUAACUGAGUUGGGUUCAGCACUGCAUUUUGGUCCACUCUGCUUUGCCAGUAAUUGGGGUGACCUGCUUUUGACUUUCAACCAGAGUCUUUACCUGGUAUCAUGCUUAAAAUUGCUCCCUCCUACUCGGCUGAUUCACCUAGCUAUCCUAAAUAAUGCAGAUGAAAUACAAGAAGACCCUAAACUCUUUCUGCCUAGCUUCUUCUUUUCUUUUGAAAUAGUACUUGUACCCAAAUUUGUCUAUCUUGGACAAGGGCUGCAGGAAUUACAGGGGCUAGAGGCCCUUGUUAACAAACGGGUCAUUGCCUUUGACAAUACUGUGCCCCAUGUUGUAGAGGAAGAGAGACGUAUGCCUUCUCUGAUUCAAGUGGAACCCAAAUUACAUUUUUUGGAGGAUAAGGAUAUUGCUUUUUCUAUUCCUGACCCCAAGCAUAAUCAUCCCCCACAUGUGGUUCCUGCUCAACUACGGCUGGCUGGCUGGAAUGGGUUGAACCCCUAUCAUAAACUGCAUGGCUUCUUUGGUAAAGGGCGGCAAUGGCCCUUUGCUCCUGAUGGCUACAUCCCCAACUCAGUUAUCCGUGCCUGCCUUUGGCCUGACGGUACCCCAGUCUUCUUACGCCAUGACCUGUACUCAUCCUACCGAGAUACAGACUGGGACAUGACUGAACCCAUCAGACGCCAGACACUGUCACCUAUGCCUCUAUCAGAAGAGAACAUCUCAAUGAGGAGAGAGAGGGAUAAAUCCAAGUGGUGGAAACGAACAUUCUAUGAUGUUCUAACAAGCUUGAUAAACCGAAAUUGGGCAGGAAGAAAACUUGAUGAAGGACUUCUAAAUAAUUUAAUUGAGGCAAUCCUCAGCCUCACAGUUUACUGUUCUAUAGACCAGUACACGACAUAUAUUAGUGCCCUGGCACAAAUUUUUGCCACUUACCAAGUAUCUCCAAGGUUGUGCUCUGAGACUGCCUGUCGCCUGCUGGAAGAUACACUCCAUCCCAACCCAUGCAUCCGUGAGCUAGCCUGGGAGGGGCUAGAUAUGCUUGGCAUCAUGAGCCAUCUCUUUGCUGUUCCACUGAGUCUGGGAUUGAUGGACAGUGAUGAAAAUGUGCGGGCUAAGGCUUUGUACCUUAUGAUAAGAGUCACAGGCAUCCAAAGUAAGAGCAUGCUGGUAGGCCUGCUGAAGGAACAAGAAACCCUCCAAAAAAUGCAGCGGGAACUUAUUGGAGAAACCUCUCUGGACCAGCUGCUGGGGAUCCAAGCUAACGACCUCCAGUGCCUGCUUACACGGGUGGAGCAGCAGCUAAAUGAAAACCUGACCUUGUCACACAGAGACCAACAACCUUCUUUUUCUUUAGACAUAUCAAUGGAUGGUGAACCUGAGACCUUUGUCAAACGAACAUUCAUACCUGAAGAGAUCACCAAACGAAAGAAAAGAAUGACAUAUGUUCAAGAAAAGAGAGAAAGUCUUAUUAAAAAGGACCUGAGAGUUUCCAGAAAGAAGAGAGAGACAGAGCUUGUAAAAUUUAGCUCUAUGUUGGUGCCUUCAGAGGAUGAAGGUGAACAGAGAGAGGCCAAGAAAUCAGAGCUAAUUGACACUGAGGAUGUUGCCUUAGAGCCAGAGCUGCCACUAAGUACUUUCAGCCCAGCCAAAUCUGAAGAGGUUGCUGAAUCAAAGGAGGUCAUGACAGAAGCUACAGAAGCUAUGGAAGCCACAGAAGAAGGAAGAGGCCACAUGGCAGUCACAGAGGCAGUGGAAGCCACACAGAUUAUAAGGGCCAUAGAUCAACAUGACAUGAAAGAUUAUGGAGAGAUAUUCCCUAAGCUGGAAAGACAAGAACUCAUGAAAAGACUCUGGGAAAGGGCAGUGGAAAAAAGCCAUGAAAAAGUAGCUGCGAAGUUGAAACAGAAAGAAAAUUUGAAGGAUAUUUCAAAGAUGACUGCAGAAGAGCCCAAAGAAAAAGUCAUGCAGAUUGCUGAACAAGAAAAAGAUACAAGGAAGAAACUUGGAAAGGGUGACCAAGGUUUGACUGGUGCCCCUGGACACACGGGUGAAUCAGACACCAGGUAUUGGCGGAAUGAUAUUAGCUAUCUUGCCACCUCAAGGAUAGCAAGUUCCCAUCCAGGAAUGUUAAGGGAUCUGGGUCAAGAAUUGGUGGACUUGGCUCGGGUGAUUCUUGCUCCCCAAGAGCCCAGUUGGGAUCUAUUCCAAAAGAUCUGCCCCCUUUUAAAGGACUCCUCAGAAUUGGAGGAAAGAGUGGUAGAAGAACCAUCCACUAUAACAGAAAAGGUGGAUAAAGAGAUUGUCGAGGAAGAAGUGACAGAGUUGGGAAGACAAAGGGGAAAAGAAGCAUUAGAGAAGGACAAGGCAUUUUCUCAAGUCAAGAAAAAGAAAGUUGCUUUCUUAGAUAAACUAGCCUUACAGAAAAGGAAAUUAAAAAAAGAAGCACGGGGACUGGCCAGGCAAGAUGGGAAAAUAGCUGAGGAAGAAAGGAAACUGAGUAAGCCAGAGAAGAAAAUAAUUCAGGGUAAGGAGAAACUGAUCCAGGAUAUGAAGAAACUGACUCAUCAGAAAGAAAAAAUAGCUUGGGAGGAAAAACUACUGGCUUAUCCACAAAAGACAUUAACCAAGGAAGAGCAGAAGUUAGUUUUAGGAGAAAAGAAAGAUACUGGAAAAGGGAAAAAAACGACUAGGGGAAAGAAAGAGAGUGACCCAGAAAGAGGGGAGGGCAGCCCUGAAAAGGAGUAAGUGGGACUGGGAGAAG